AUUGCACUGCAGAAAUCCUGCAAGGGAGAAGAAAAAAUAAAAAGACUAUCUGAAAAGAAGCUUUUUAAUACAGGAUGUCUGAAACAACGAGCACCAACGAGGACAAUAAACUUCCUUUGAAUGGGAGAAGAGCCAUCCCACCAAACUACUCCAAUGAUGAAGAAAAUGAGGUUCCUGAGAUGGAAGCUUUUGGAUUGAUACCUAGAGGAUUUAAUCCUAGAGAUUACCUGCGUGUUGUGGAUAUUUAUAUGUUCAAGGAGCCUCAGGAGAUCAACAAGCAGGAGCACCACACUGACAAGUACUACAACCCCAAGCUGAUAGUGCGUCGGGGACAGGCUUUCCAAAUCCAGAUUGACUUCAACCGACCCUACAAGCCAGAGACAGACCAGUUCUGGCUGGAGUUUCUGAUGGGUCGCUACCCACAGCAAAACAAAGGCACCUACAUCCCGAUCCUAGUAGGCAAUGUGCUAAAACCUGGUCAGUGGGGAGCCAAGAUUAUCCACAGGGAAAACAACUCCAUUCGGCUGUCCAUCAUGUCGUCUACCACCUGCAUCAUUGGGAAGUUUCGCUUGUAUGUUGCCGUCUUGACUCCCUUUGGCAUCCUUCGGACACGCAGGAAUUCAGCGACCGACACCUACAUCUUGUUCAAUCCCUGGUGCCAGCUGGAUGCUGUGUACCUGGACGAUGAGAAGGAAAGGGAAGAAUAUGUCCUGAACGAUGUUGGUAUUGUAUUCCAUGGAAGCGCAGAAGAUGUAAAAUCAAGAAGCUGGAGUUACGGGCAGUUUGAAGAAAACAUUCUGGAUGCUUGCCUGUUCCUGAUGGACAAGGCAGAACUAGAGCUCUCUGGUCGUGGAAAUCCAAUCAAAAUCUGCCGUGUUGCCUCAGCAGUGAUUAACUCCAGGGAUGACAAUGGUGUGAUUGCUGGAUCCUGGAACAAUACGUACGAUUACGGUGUUGCACCUUCAGCCUGGACGGGAAGUGUGGACAUUCUCUUGGAGUAUUACAGUUCUAAGCAACCUGUCCGAUAUGGCCAGUGCUGGGUCUUCGCUGGUGUCUUCAACACGUUUCUGAGAUGCUUGGGGAUACCUGCAAGACUCAUUACCAACUAUUCUUCUGCCCAUGAUAACAAUGCCAAUUUACGGUUGGACUUCUUUCUGGAUGAUGAAGGAAAAGUGGACACCAGACUUACAAAAGAUUCUGUCUGGAACUAUCAUUGCUGGAACGAAGCUUGGAUGACCAGACCUGACCUUCCCGUUGGUUUCGGAGGAUGGCAGGUUGUUGAUGGGACACCUCAGGAAACUAGUGAUGGUAUGUACAGGUGUGGUCCAGCCUCAGUUCAAGCCAUUAAACAUGGUCACGUUUGCUUCCAAUUUGAUGCUCCUUUUGUCUAUGCUGAGGUGAAUGGUGACAUUUUUUACACAAGAAUGGAGAAAAAUGGAACCCAAGUGGUAGAAAACAUUGACACAACCCGUAUUGGGCAGUUGAUUGUGACCAAGGAAGUUGGAGGUGAUGGAAUGAUGGACAUUACUGAGGAGUACAAGUUCCGAGAAGGCUCAGACGAGGAGAGAUUGGCUCUUGAGACUGCUGUGAUGUACGGGGUUAAAAAGCAAAGUAUCCAAGAUACCACGUACCAACCACAGACAGAUGUUGACAUGGACUUCCAGGCACAAAAGGCAGUCCUUGGCAAUGACUUUAAAGUCACUAUAACUUUCAGGAACAAAAGUCGCAACUCCUACACUGCAACUACCUACCUUUCGGGCAACAUAGUGUUUUAUACAGGAGUCACAAAAAGCGAAUUCAAGAAACACUCUUUCAGUGUAAAACUGGAACCCUCUUCAUCCAGCUCUUUUGACAUUGUGAUCAAAUCGAGCGAGUACAUGAGUGACCUGCUGGAGCAAGCCUCCUUUCAUUUCUUUGUGACUGCGCGGAUCAAUGAAACAGGGAAGAUUCUGGCCGUGCAGAAGGCGGUAAUGCUGGAAAUUCCCACCCUGAGGAUCAAGACCAAAGGUGAACUGGUAGCUGGCAGAGAAACGUCUGUGAUUGUGGAAUUCACCAAUCCUCUGAAACAAACCCUGGAGAACGUCACGCUCCGCCUCGAGGGACCUGGAGUGCUGAGAACAAUAAAAAAGCAGUUUGGGAGAAUCCCAAUGAACUCUACGUUGACCUGGGAAGUAAAAUUUACCCCAGUGCGACCAGGUUUACGAAGACUGAUUGCAAGCCUGAAUUCUGAUGCUUUGAGGCAUGUGUAUGGUGAGCUGAAUGUCCAGAUUCAGAAACCAUGAACCAAGGUGCUGCCUUCUUCUCUCAUUUAGCUAUAUUUAAAAAUGUCAUGGUAGGGGGUGGCUGAAGGAGAGGUAUAAAUCUGCUUAUUGUUAUUUUAGUCAUCUUUGUGCUGAAAAAUUUUGAUAAAGCAAACUAAUUGGUAUGACUGGGGAGAGCAUAAAAAAGCACCUGGAUGCUGAAUGAUUUAAAAUUCGCUCUAGAUAAUUAAAGGCAAUUCUAGGUCAUAUUAUUCCUGUA